AUGGCUAAGAAUAAAGUUCAUAUAAAUUUAGUAGUUAUAGGACAUGUUGAUUCUGGAAAGUCAACUACAAUAGGACAUCUAAUUUAUAAGUUAGGUGGUAUAGAUGAAAAAACUAUAAAGUAAUAUGAAGAGGAUGCAAAUAAAAUUGGAAAAGAAUCAUUUAAAUAUGCUUGGGUAUUGGAUAAUCUUAAGGAUGAAAGAGAAAGAGGAAUUACAAUUGAUAUUUCAUUGUAGAAGUUUGAAACAAAUAAAUAUAAUUAUACAGUGAUUGAUGCACCAGGUCAUAGAGAUUUUCUAAAAAAUAUGAUAACAGGAACUUCAUAAGCAGAUGUAGCUUUAUUAAUGAUUGCAUCAACUGCAGGUGAAUUUGAGGUUGGUAUGUCUCAGAAUGGAUAAACUAAAGAGCAUAUAUUAUUGGCUUAUACACUUGGUGUUAGAUAAUUAAUAAUUGGAAUAAAUAAGAUGGAUGAGAAAUCAGUAAAUUACUAAAAAGAUAGAUAUGAUGAAAUAGUAAAAGAGUUGAAAAUAUACUUAAAUAAAGUAGGAUACAAUCCAAACGCAAUUCCAUUUAUUCCUAUUUCUGGAUGGAAUGGUGAUAAUAUGUUAUAAAAAUCAUUCAAUUUAUAAUGGUAUCAUGGUCCAACACUUUUUGAAGCAUUAGAUUCAAUAACACCACCUUAAAGACCAUUAAAUAAACCACUUAGACUUCCAUUAUAGGAUGUAUAUAAAAUAGGUGGUAUUGGAACUGUUCCGGUAGGAAGAGUAGAAACUGGAGUAUUGAAAACAGGUAUGAUUAUUCAGUUUGCUCCAUCUGGAAUAAUCUCUGAAAUAAAAUCAAUAGAAACAUUUCAUGGAGGUCUUGUAGAUGCAACUCCAGGAGAUCAUAUAGGUUUUAAUGUGAGAAAUGUAUCAGUUAAAGAUUUAAGAAGAGGAUAUGUUGCUUCUGAUUAUAUGAAUGACCCAGCAAAGGAAUGUAUUUCAUUUAUUGCUUAAUUAAUUGUAAUAAAUCAUCCUGAUAAAAUUUCAAAUGGAUAUUGUCCAGUUUUGGAUUGCCAUACAGCACAUGUUGCAUGUACAUUUGAUUAAAUAAUAUCUAAAAUUGAUAGAAGAACAGGUAGAAUAAUAGAAGAAGCACCUAAAUUUAUUAGAUCUGGAGAUUGUGCUAUAGUUAAAUUAAUACCAAGUAAACCCUUUUGUGUAGAAGUAUUUUCUGAAUAUCCAUCACUUGGAAGAUUUGCUGUAAGAGAUAUGAAAUAAACUGUUGCAGUAGGUGUAAUUAAAUCUGUUGAAAAAAAAGUAAUCUAAAUAAAUAAAUGA